AGGCGGGACGUCCGGGUCAGUGACGUCACUACCGCACAGAUCUCUGGGUGUUGUAGUGCCACACCGCCCGGAAAGAUCUACCUCACUCCGACGAUCUCCGAGAGGCACGUCCUGCUCCCGGAUCACUCCUGCCUGCGGUUCUCCUGGAGACAAAAAAACAGAUACCGCCUCAUCAACCAUUUUGAACUGUUUACCAAUUGCCGUUCCCGUCAGCUCCGCGAGGCUGUGCACGCGCAUGCGCUGGAGUGAGGGACUGCUGCAUUCUGGGACAGUGGAGGACCAUGAUGGCGGUCGGCUGGAGGUCUUGGGGCAGAGGGUUUUGGCGCUGCUGCCUGGCUAAGCUGGCAGACCGGGGCCCCGCUAAUGUCCUGCCAGUCGUACCACACAACAUUAAAUCCGUCCGCUGUAACCACAACAACAGACCAGGAUUACGAUCAGAAGACAAUCCACGGCGCCCAGAGUACAUUCCACAACGGAAGGCCAAGAAUCCGAUGGGAAAGAUUGGCCUGGCCUGGUUAAUCGGUUUACCAUCUGGAAUCAUCACCUUCCUUCUCGCCAAACGAGAGGUGGACAAGAAUCGUCUGAAGCAGCUGAAGAUCAGACAGAGGAUGAAGAAUGCCAACGAGGGAGAUUACCAGAGUGAUCGCUACCAGUGAGAUCUGGAGGAGUGCAAGGAGCUGAUCAUAACCUCGCGAUGCGUGGUUGACAGACUGUUAAACCCCAUAUGACACUCGAAAGCCCCGGAACAUUGUAUUCCCCAAUGAUCACUCUCUGGGAGUGCUUCAACCCCUCAGUCUCUCUCCACCAUCUAACCUGAUGUUUCCCAAUGGACAACUGAGCUGCUGUGUUUUUUUUUGGAGGAACUAAAUCAAUGAACCAUCAGCUUGUGCCUUUGUUUUUCCGGGUGUCUAUUCCACAUCCUGAGAAUGCGCCUGGAAUGGGAGGUUGGGAAGGGGGGCGGAGUGAGGGAGUGAGACUUUGUGCCUCUCUAUACAGUCUGUCAGAACAUCUGAUUUCUGUAUAAUUGCACAAGACGAGAGGUCUGUUUAUUUGGUGAUUGUACAUUGCCUGUACUGUCUCAGACUUCACUUGGUUUUACAAAAGUAUAAAUAUAAUAAAAGUAUCGUCUAUGA